AUGAAGGAUUCUUCGGCUUAUGCCAAAUUGUCAAAGAAGUACGGUGACGUUUUCACGGUGUAUUUUGGGCCGAGGCGUGUGGUAGUUCUGAACGGUUAUGCCGCCAUCCAUGAGGCACUGGUGAAGAACGCCGAAAACUUCUCAAGCCGUCCCCUGGGGCAGGCUUUCUUUAGUGCAGAUGGAAAGACUUUAGGAAUAGCCGAUGAGUCUUAUGGUCCCAAGUGGAAGGAACACCGUAAGUUCGCCAUGAUGAGUCUGCGUGACUUCGGAGUUGGGAAGAAAAGUCUGGAGGGGAAGAUUCUUGAAGAGGCACGAGCUCUGGGUGAUGAGAUCUGUAAAACAAACGGACGCCCAUUUUGUAUCUCUCAGAUGAUGCAGAAUGCUGUUUCCAACGUCAUCUGCUCAAUUGUGUUCGGUAGUCGUUAUGAGUACGACGACAUGGUGUUCAAAAGCCUUCUAAAAGCGAUUCAACGAGUUUUUGGAAGAAAAAUGGUUGAGUUUUUGGCAGAACAGCUACCUCCUUUGAAGGUCCUCCCCGGCGUACGCAAAAACUACCAAGACCUUAUGCAGAGUCAGGCUAAAAUCAUGGACCACAUCAAGGAAAGAAUCAGGGAGCACGAGGAUACAUUUGACCCGAAUGACAUACGAGACUUUAUUGACGCAUUUCUUCUGGAGUCUAAUAAACGACAGACGGACGAAAACAACACAUUUACUGAGCAAGAACUUGCCACUAUCGUCUAUCAACUGUUCCUGGCAGGAACUGACACAACAGCUACCACCUUACGUUGGGCCCUGCUCUACAUGAUCCUCCAUCCGGACAUCCAGGAGAAAGUACAGCAGGAGAUAGACAGCGUGCUGGGACCCAACCAGGAGCCGGCAAUGGCACAUCGUAGUCAGAUGCCUUACACGGAGGCAACCCUAACGGAAGUGAGCCGACACGCUACUGUUGCGCCACAUACCAUUCAGCACGCUACGAGCAACGAUACAACAUUCAGGGGGUAUAACAUCCCAAAGGGCACAGUGGUGGAAGUUAUUCUAUGGUCUGUGCACCAUGACCCAAACCUGUGGCCGGAGCCGGACAAGUUUGACCCCAACCGCUUCAUUGACGACGCUGGCAAGUAUGUGAAGAGAGAGGGAGUUAUUCCGUUCUCCCUUGGCCGUCGUGUCUGUCUUGGUGAGCAGUUGGCCAGGAUGGAGCUCUUCCUCAUCUUCACAUCUCUGCUGCAGCGCUUCACCUUUAAGCUGCCAGAGGGCGCUCCUAAGCCUUCGGAAAAAGGGGUACCUGGUCCGCUACAUCAGCCUGUGCCAUUUAUGCUGAUUGCCGAACCAAGAGAGUGA